AUGCCAUUUCUACCUAACCUUGCCCCCGAGCUGAUCCAGCAUAUCAGCAACGAGGUAAGUUUUCCCAACCAAAGCACCUUCUCUGCUCACCCGAUUCCAGCUGGGGAAGAAGACCUCCUCACUCUCCGACUCGUCUCCAAGCAUCUAAACACCAUCAUAGAACCGCAAGCUCUCCGCUCACUCGCGCUGUACAUCUUACGAGAUCACCUCGACGCUGGACAAUCCCUGCUCACAACGCUAUCAUCCCAGAGCCACCACAAAGCGACAUGGGCCACCAAGAACCUACGCAUCGCGGCGCUUUGUCCGAUGGCUUAUUGUACUAGUGGACCGCCGUGUUGUAGGUGGGUUGAGGAGAGGAGUGUGUGGACUGUUGUGCGUGAGACGGAGGAUGAUGAUCCCGGGAAGGCGAAGGUUGUUGGAGAGGAGAUGAAGAGGUUGAUUGAGGGUGCUGUUGGUUCGUUGAGGAGGUUGAGGUCUUUUUGGUGUGUUCGUUACCCUCUGCGACGAAUGCCAGGUUUAUUGAAGGGUUUUUGCAGGUGGUCGAUCUGUCCUAACGAUCCACAGUUCACCCAUUCAGCAGUGAUGAACGGUAUAAAAACUCUACCCAACUUGGAAUCCAUUCAAAUAGAUCUAUGCGUCUCCACCACCGCUCUCCAACUCGAUUCUCUAAAAAAACUUGACGAAGAUCGUCAUAACGGGGUACUGCGUCGAUUUCCUCAGGACCAUUGUCGAUCCGUUGACCAUAGCCAUUUCGAGGUCACCCCGCUUGGCUUCGUUGGAGUUUGGUACUGGGUAUAUGAACGUAGACCUGUUUGA